AUGACGGACACACGUCCCGAUGACCACACCCUCCCCGCCUUCAUGGUCUCAACCACGCGUGGCUUCCUUCCUCGUCAAGAGCCCAUCGUUGAGCUGCCAAAGGAGUUUGCCCCUCUUGAAUCCCUCUUGCAACGCAUGCCUAUCAAGACACUAUCAGGGGAGCCGGGUCUGCUGGCCAACUUCACCUUCGGCGACACACUACUCAAGGAGCUUCCUGACCUCACGCCGGAAGUAGAGAAGUAUCGCGAUGACCUUGUCGUCAUGAAUGCCCUGUACCGUGACUACUCCUUCUUGGCCUCUGCAUAUCUCUUCGAGCCCUGCCACGAGAGGCAUGUACGGGGAGAGGAGUACGGGCUGGGCCGACAGUCGCUGCCAAGAAGCAUUGCGCUUCCCAUUGUCAAAGUCGCUGAGAUUGCUGGUUUCAAGCCAUUCAUGGAGUACGCCGGAUCUUAUGCUCUCUUUAACUACCGCCUAGAAGACCCAUCUAAGGGCCUCGAGUACGAUAAUCUUCGCUUGAUCCGCGCUUUCGAGCAUGGUCUGGAUCCCACAUCAUCUGAGGCAGGCUUUGUUCUUGUUCACAUCGCCAUGGUCAAGGAGUCCGGCGCGCUUGUUACAGGUGCAUCCGAGAUGCUUGAGAGCUGCCUGGCCAAGGACAGAGAGCGAUUCAACGACGGUCUUCGUACUCUGGUUGGUGGCCUCAGGAAGGUCAAUGGCGUGAUGAACACGAUGUGGGGCCGUAGCAAGCCUCAAGGCUACACCAAUUUCCGUACUUUCAUCUUCGGUAUCACUUCGCAGUCGAUGUUCCCCAACGGUGUCAUAUAUGAAGGAGUGAGCGAAGAGCCAAUGUCUUUCCGCGGCGAGUCGGGAGCCAACGACAGCAUGGUUCCCAUGUGCGACAACUUGCUCCAGGUCCAGAUGCCAGAAACGCCCCUCACGGACAUCCUGAAAGACUUCCGCCAGUACCGGCCUGGUAACCACCGCGAGUUCUUGGAGGCUGUCCGUGAUUGCGCUCAGCAGUCUGGUGUACGCGAGUUUGCGAAAGGCGACUCGGUAUCAGCCGCACUGUAUCUCCAAGCUCUUGAUCAGGUGCGCGACUUCCGCUGGCGGCAUUGGUGCUUCACGCGCGAAUACAUCCUCAAGCACACAUCGCACCCAACCGCGACAGGCGGCAGCCCGAUUGUGACAUGGCUACCCAACCAGCUCACGGCAGUCCUCAGACAGAUGGUAGAGACAUCCGAGUACUGCAAAUCGGUCAACGGUGUUAGCGAUAUCAUGGACAACGUCAAUCAUCAACGCGAGACGCUGAGGAAGGAGGUGGAGAAGUACUGCGGAGAACGAGGUGUUGCUGCAUCGUGA